UUGGUGUAGGUGAGAGUUUCGUCCUCUUCUCCUUUCAUUAGAGGGGAUUUUUGAGAUGCCUUAGGUUGCUGAAAAGCUAUGUGUUUUGGUGGAAAUCAUACCGUUGAUAUUGUUUUGAAACUUUGCAGAGAGUUUGAAAGAGUCGUAGGUGAUGGAACUUUUAAUGUGAAUUUCUACAUUUUCGUAUUGUAAAAAGUAAAUUUCUGGAACUAUUUUCCUCUUAAGUAAUUUCUUACAUUCUUUCUCUUUUUCUGCAGGUAAACAACAAAUUAGUUUCAACUAGCAAUGGGUUUAGAAGAAACUGGAAUGCCACAUCUCAUGGGUGAUUCUCUUUGCACUAAGUAGAGGUGAAGAAGCACAAAAGAAAAUAGUGGUCACGCCGCAUGGGAUUUGUUCGAAGGGAUCUUCAAGAUGACACUUCAGGUCAGAAAAACACCAUGGAAAUUCUCGUGACAAGCUAUAUGAAUCAACUUAAAAUUCCCCAAAAAAUAACAUUCGUGCCUCACACUUCCAUCUCCCCAAUAAAAGCUCUCAGUUCGCAAUGUUGGUCACAGGUUCCUAUGACCAUCUAUGGAUUCGCAAUGCUGGUCACAGUUCGCAAUGCUGGUCACAGUUUCCAAUGUCUCAACAAUACCUUUCUAUGCCAACGCGGACCUACCAGUGGCCCCAAAGUUAACCUGCAAUGCUUCCCAAAUUUUCCCGAUAAGCACCUACAAAGAGAUUCAACCAGCUGCCUGAAAAGGAGGAAGGGCAUCCCUGGAUGACCAUGAUUUCAAUACGAUGGAAUGAAGUAGACUUCAUGGAGACCAAUGAGGUUACCAUGUUUGCUCUCUUUUGUUUCACUGUGGUGUACUAAAUAAUGGGUACAAUUUUAUCGAAGUAUAAGAAGAAGAUAGCGAGCUCAAACUAAAUCAAGAGAGUUGAGACAUAUGGGCCAUCUAAUAUCACCAACCCAUCUCCUUUAUAUUACGUCCUGAGAAGAUAAAUAUCCGUGUCUUCAUCAAAGGAGUUAAGUACAUCUUUGGCUUGCGUUGAAUAUUAAUCCAAGGCUUAGAAUGCUAGAAACAAUGAUAAAGACAAAAGGUUGGUGUGUCUAAUGUUAUUGUACCUAAUAUUGCAUGA